GAGACCACAUGAAAGGCAUGAAAUAUCAUAUGAUUGAAGAUCAAUUAAACAUUAUAUAAAUAGGAAGAAGAAUAGCAUUACAUAUAAUAAUGAGUUUCUUGUGGAUUAUCAAAAACAAGCAACUCUUUGCAUUAUCAAGGAAGUAAAAAUCAAGCCAUGAAUUAGAUAAUAAUUUCUUUUGCUUUUCUAUUAGUAAAUUUACAUCAAGGAAAAGGUGUUUUUCUUUUUCCAUGAUUGGACAACCCGAAGAGUCUCAUUGUUAUAAAAAAUCUCCAAGCAAUUCCACCUCUGCAAAUUUGUUAGUUUUUAGUUGUUGGCCAAUCUUAUUCAUUUAAAGAAAAAAAAAACCCAUCCUCUCCUCAAAGUCCUCUAGCCUACCAUAAAACACCAUUUCAAGAAAACUUAAAAAGGGGGAGACAUCAAGGUUUUGCUUGUAUGCUUCUCUGAUAUAGAGAGGCACUUUGGUGAGACACAUAUUUCAUGCUUUUCUCUCUCUCAGCAAUGGAAGAAAGACCAAGAAUUCAAAUGGAGAAGGCAACCAAGAUCAUAAGAAGAUCAAUCUAUAGCUUCCUUCAAAAUUAUCAGUACCUUACUGCAACAGCUGCACUUGUUGCUUUUCCCUACUCAGCCUCAAUUCUCCUUUCACAGCUCUUUGUUCCCUCAUCCCCUCUCUUGCCAUCAAUUCAUAACCGUCUCAGGAUUCUUUUCCAGGCUGCAGGGUUCCCUUCUUCAGAGUUUUUUACUGUCCUCAGUUUCAAGAUUUCCCAAACCAUCUCUUCCUCUAUCUUUGCACUUCCUUUGACCCUCUCUUUCCUCCUCAUAGCCAAGGCCUCCAUAAUUCAACAUCUCAACCACCAUAAACCAAACUUGCCACCUUCCUUUUCUUCAGUUUUAUCCCUUUACAAGCCUCUCCUGACUACACACAUAUGCAAUUUCCUUUUACUCCUCUCCGCAAAUGCAACAGCCUUCUCACUGCUAUUUUUUGGCUUCAAUUUUCUUGAAGGAUUUGGAUUCUCAUCCCCAAACUGGCUCCUCUUUCUGUCAGCUGCAGGGGCUGUUCUUUAUUCCAUCAUUGUUGCCAAUGCCCUUAUAAUAUGCAACUUAGCAUUGGUUUCAUCAGGAAUGGAAAGAUCUGGUGGAUAUUUGGCAAUUCUCAAGGCUUGUGUUCUGAUAAGGGGAAGAACCUCAACUGCUUUAAUAUUGGCUGUACCUGUCAAUCUGAUUCUGGCAGCUAUUGAAGCCCUGUUCCACUACCGCGUUGUGAGAGCUUAUCACACUGGUGAUAUGAUGAGCAGCUUUCCAAUGGCUUUAGAAGGGGUUUUAAUUGCUUACUUGUACUCCACAUUUUUAGUUCUUGAUACUGUUGUCAGUUGCAUGUUCUUCAAAAGUUGCAAGACAGGUUGUUUAGUAGACCAGGAAGGAGGGUAUUCUUACAGGAUUGAAAUUUCAGAGGAAUAUGGCAAUGCUUAUGUGAAGUUGAAGAAUAUUGAAGAACUGCCAUAGAAAACGUCGGAAGAAACAACCAGGGAUCAUCAAAUUCUUUUCUUGAAUUUCAAAGCAAAAGAGAAAAACAUUGCACAUAUAAGUUCAUACAAAUAAUGUUUGUAUUCAAGAUUCAUUUCUGUUGCUUGAAGAGAAACCAGGCAACUUCUGUGAGAUAAAGAUCCAUAUAUGGGAUAUAGACUCAAUAGUCAAGAAGCAGAAAGAGAUUUUUUUUCUCCCUUUUUCAUCCCUUUUAAAAUUCUAAUAUUUUGUAUUGGAAUUUGGAAACUACUGUUCUUGUAUCAUGUAUGCUCUGUAAACAAAACUAAAUACUGGAAAAAGAAGAAUGGAAAUUCCAUAUUACAAUGUACACAGCUUGCCAUGAUGAAGAAAAUAUGAGAUCUCAGAAAAGAUCAAUUUAGCUCUGAUCUGGGUUAAAAUAAUCUAGUAUGGACAAAUGAAACUUCAUGGAUUUUCUUAUUAGUCAAAUAUUUGGACUUGGUGGAGCAAAAAAUAUGACAGGAGAGAUGAGAGCAGCAGAUAUGAGAUAACUUUUUUAUUCAAUGUUGUUGGAAUAUGGCAUAUUAAGGCAAGUGGAUUUAACCAACUCUUGCUGACUUUGUACAAAAUUGAAUCGUUUACCAUGGUUGAGGACACAUUGGCAUUGGUUUCUAUUACAUGGUCAUUAGAACUUGAUCAAGUCAAUCACUCCCUGAGGUUGACAAGAAAACUAAUAACAUUGAAAUGUUCUCCAUUGACCAUGUGAAUCAUCUACGAAUGGAAUCUUCUGAAUCAGGAUAAAGACAACGAAUUGUAAAGAUUUCCAUUUGAAUGGUUAAAAGAGGAGAGAGGGAACAGUUAAUUUCAUGAAUUACUUCUUGAGGUAUCAAAAUGGAAGAUAGCAAAACAGUUUACAAAUCGGCAGCUAUAUUCUGGUGCUAUAUUACAAUUACACUAAGAAAGCCCCUCUUCUAAUUUUGUCUUUUCUAAAACCUAACAACCUAUCCAAUCUCUUCUAUGGUGGGCUACUGUCAAAAAUCCCAAUUUUUUCAGGAAUGGAAACAAAAAGAAAAAGA